CGGCUGAACACUCGAACGAAGUCGACAAAAGUAAAUACACAAAACUGCCGCGGCCGAUGGUGAGGUGUUAGUUUUCUCGAUGUAAAAUAAAAAUCCGACUUUAAUUGAAUAAUUUGAGAAAGAAAUGAGCUCAACUUAAAAAGUAUAACCCAUACAAAAAGUGAACUGAAACCACAACCAAAAUGUACAAACCAUUGGGAGAGCACAACAGACUAGCAUUUAAGUAUUUCCAAAUAUUUAUGGUCGUAGCUUUAUAUUGGAUAGUUUCGAUAUUGACAGUGUUUGUAAACAAAGCACUCCUAAGUAGCAAGGAUAUUGAUUUGGACGCACCACUUUUUGUAACUUGGUUCCAAUGUGUGGUCUCGACGAUAAUAUGUUUUGCCAUGAGCCGGUUGGCGCUCAUAUUCCCCAAUACAAUACGAUUUCCCGAAGGAACGCCACUUGAAAUUGAUACAUUUCGAAGGAUGCUUCCGCUGUCUUUCGUCUUUACAUCAAUGAUAGCCACAAAUAAUAUGUGCUUGAAAUAUGUGGGUGUUGCAUUUUACUAUGUUGGACGAUCACUUACGACAGUCUUCAACGUAAUUCUGUCGUAUAUUGUUUUAAAACAGAAAACAAGCUUCAAGAGUAUAUUAUGUUGUGCUGCCAUAGUUCUUGGAUUCUUUUUGGGUGUUGAUCAGGAGAGUCUAACAGACAAUUUUUCAUGGCUUGGCACGUUCUACGGAGUUGUUGCAUCACUUAGUGUAUCAAUGUUUUCCAUCUACACAAAGAAAGCAUUGCCACUAGUUAAUCAAGAAAUUUGGUUACUUAGCUACUACAACAACUUCUAUUCGAGUAUAUUGUUCCUGCCGUUGAUCAUAAUUAAUGGUGAAUUAAACGCCAUCAUAACCUAUGCACAUUUGUUUUCGGGAUGGUUUAUUUCGGUGAUGAUAGUUGGAGGAAUAUUUGGAUUUGCAAUUGGCUAUGUUACAUCUCUACAAAUUAAGGUAACUUCGCCCUUAACGCACAAUAUUUCCGGUACAGCCAAAGCUUGUACCCAAACGAUUAUAGCAACUCAAUGGUUUAACGAAACAAAAUCGUUUCUAUGGUGGAUUUCGAAUGGCAUAGUCUUAUUGGGGAGCGCGAGCUAUGCUCGGGUUAAGCAAGUGGAAAUGGAACAGCAGCACAAUAGGUCAUCAAUAUCACAAAAAAUUUAAACAAACAACAAAAUUAUAUAUUUAUAUUAAACUGACUUCUUUAUGUCCUAAAUGUAA